AUGGUUGCUCCACGAUCUACUGCUUCAGUAGCAGCUUCACCUCCUUCCAAUAGUAAUACCACUCGCACACCCACUUCUUCUUCCUCCGCAAGGCGACAACCCAAAAAACCAUACAAGAGCUGGCUCAAGGAUGGUGUCAAUGGUGGACCAAGUUCGAUGCAAAUUGUUGUUCAAUGGUUAUCUGCCAACUAUGCUACCAAGUGGAGAGAUGAUAGUGACAAUCGGAUGCCGAAAAAACUCCUCUUGCAGGAAAUCCUCGAUCAAAUGCAGCAAGCAGGUAUCCAUCACCGCCUUCCAAAAGAUGUGGCCAGCAAAAUCUCAACACUGCAAAGCAAUUAUCGAGUUGCUCGAGAAUGGUACGAUGUGAUCGGUAGCCAGUGGCGCAAGGCUGGUGCACAGGAAACGGAUGUGAAGAAGGAAGUCUUAAGAAGAUUUCCCUACUGGGACGAGCUUCAUGCCACUUUUCAAGCAUCCAUGCCGGAUGCAACGGGCACUAUUACUACGACGACAACAACAACCACAACAACAACCAUUGGUGGAAACGUAACAAGUACCUCGACCAUGACCACCACCACAACCCAUGAUACAGAUAAUGCAAAAUGGCCAAUGUCGAUUCGCAGCAUUAUACACUCGAUAGAUACCGAAGCACCUAGCAUUGCAUCAUGGUUCUCAUCGUAUCCUGAAGAAGCCAUUGAACGUGAACAACAAGAGCAAGCUGUUGCCACAGCAACCGUUGCUGCAGCUACUGCCCAGGCCACAGCAACCAAUGCCACAGCAACAACAGCACGUGUCAUCUCGCUCACUGAAAACAGCCGAACGGUCAUUGUAUCCACAGCCACCACUAAUAACGACGACACUUGUUUGGAAAACCAUCAUCCACAAGAUUCAGUGCUUGGCAAACGACUUUAUCAUGAAGAAGAAGAAGAUGUACAAGAAGAUGUUGUCUCGUAUGAACAGCUACUCAAAGAGGAAAGAGAAAAAACACGACGUGUGCGUGCUAGGGCUGAUCUUGUCAAGAGGAUGGUCCAAAUGGGUCGAUCCAAGGAUGAGAUUUCGGCUGAACUCAAGAAAGCUUGUGUGUAA